CGAGGCUCGGGGGCGGGGCAGCCGGGACAGCGCCAGCCGCGGCGGCUCGGGAUGCCCGGCUCGGGCCGUAGCUGCGAGGUCCUGCUUCACGCCGCCCGUCUAGGUGCUGGAAGGCAGGGCAAGGGAUGUCUUUCUGCUGCCACUUUGUCUUGGCAUUCAAGAGGGUGCCCAGCCGCGCUUUAGAGAGAUUUGCGGUACCUCGGAGUCCAUCGGACAAAUGAGGAAACUGAGGGCGAGAAGUGGGAAGCGGAGCCAUCUCCUGGGCCGCGCAGCCUGCUGAGCGGAGGCCGGGGACCAAGACCUCGGGGUCUGCGCUCCCAGGCCCGCUGGGGUCGGUGGGUGUGGGGAGCAGGAGCCCGGCUCCGUCCCCUGCACCCCACUGCACCCCUCGCCGCUGGAGGAGGCUCCCUGGAGGAGGAGCUCAGGACGCGGAGGAGGAGCCAGGACAGCCCCUGCGAGCGGGACACGAUCCUCCCAAGAUAAGAAGCCGAGCCCGGGAGGAAGCCCGUCAGACGGGCCAGCCGAGAAAGCUCCGGGAGCGGCCUCAUGGAAGAGAAGCAGAUCCUGUGCGUGGGGCUGGUGGUGCUGGACAUCAUCAAUGUGGUGGACAAGUACCCGGAGGAGGACACGGACAGCAGGUGUUUGUCGCAGAGGUGGCAGCGUGGAGGCAACGCUUCCAACUCCUGCACGGUUCUCUCCCUGCUUGGAGCCCCCUGUGCCUUCAUGGGCUCCCUGGCCCCGGGCCAUGUUGCCGACUUCCUGGUGGCUGACUUCGGGCAGCGGGGUGUGGACGUGUCUCAGGUGGCCUGGCAGAGCAGUGGGGAGACCCCGUGCUCUUGCUGCAUCGUCAACAGCUCCAAUGGCUCCCGUACCAUUGUGCUCUACGACACGAACCUGCCCGAUGUGUCUGCUAAAGACUUUGAGAAGGUCGAUCUGACCCGGUUCAAGUGGAUCCACAUUGAGGGCCGGAACGCUUCAGAGCAGGUGAAGAUGCUGCAGCGGAUAGAGCAACACAAUGCCAGGCAGCCUCCGGAGCAGAAGAUCCAGGUGUCCGUGGAGGUGGAGAAGCCGCGAGAGGAGCUGUACCAGCUGUUUGGCUACGGGGAUGUGGUGUUUGUCAGCAAAGAUGUGGCCAAGCACUUCGGGUUCCGGUCUGCGGUGGAGGCCCUCAGGGGCCUGUAUGGGCGCGUGAGGAAGGGGGCUACGCUUGUCUGUGCCUGGGCUGAGGAGGGCGCCGAUGCCCUGGGCCCUGAUGGACGGCUGUUCCACUCCAACGCUUUCCCGCCGCCCCGGGUGGUGGACACUCUGGGGGCUGGGGACACCUUCAACGCUUCAGUCAUCUUCAGCCUCUCCCAGGGGAAGAGCAUGCAGGAGGCACUGAGGUUCGGCUGCCAGGUGGCUGGCAAGAAGUGCGGUCUGCAGGGCUUCGAUGGCAUCGUGUGAGCACUCCGAGCUGGCAUCCCUGGCUGCCGGUGCCUUCUCCCCUCCGGGCAGCCGGGCAUGGGGCUGCCCUGCUCCCUGGACAGAUGCAGGCUGCGGGAGGGUGCCACCUGUGAGCUGGCGUCUCACGUGGCAGAGCCGCAGAGCAAAUAAACCUCCUUCCCCAGA